AUGGAAAGGGGAAACUUUAAAAAUCAGUUUUUGUUUUUCCAACAAAAUUAUACUCAAACGAUGAAAACAAAAUGGAUAAUGGAAGGAACUGAUAGGAAAUUUUUGGAAGUAAACCUAAAUUCAACAUUAUUUAGUGAAGCUAAGAUUUAUGAGAUAGGAGAAUAUGAAAAUAAUUAGAGAAACGGAGUUUGGAAGUACAAUUAUUGUGAUUAAGACAUGUAUCAUUUAAAUCAUUAAAUUAAUAGUGAUUUUGGAGAAUAUAAUGAACAAGGUUAGAGAAUAGGUAAAUGGACUGAAUUAAGUGAUGGAUUUUGGGAUUAAUUACAAAUUACAUAUAAAGGAGAAUAUAGAAAUGAUAAAAAAGUGGGCAAUUGGGAUAUAUAUUAUAAUAAGACUUUUCAUGGUCAUGAUGUAAUGAUGAUGUUAAAAUUAUAAAAUUUUUGUGGUGGUGGACUAUAUGAUGAUCAGUAUCAAGAAGGUGGAGACUUAAAGAUAUGGAUGUGGAUUGAAUUAAAUGAUUGGUUUUGGUAUUUAAGUUUAGUUAUUUAUCAUGGUUAAUAUAAAAAUGGUAAAAAAGUUGGUAGAUGGGAUAUUAUAUGGAAAAAGUAUUAUGAAGAUUAUACAAAUGAAUUAAUGUAUCGAUAUAAUUAAUAGAUUUAGUGAAGGUGAUAAUAUAGAGAUGAGAAUUAAGAAGAAGCAAAAAGUGUAAGAAUUGGAGAGUGGAUUGAAUUGACAGAUAGUUUUUGGAGAGAUUCGUAAGUAAUUUAUAAAGUCAAUAUAAAAAUGGCAAAAAAUUUGAUAGAUGGAAUAUUGUAUGGAGGAAAGAGGAUAGUGAUUAAUUAUUUUAGUUUGAAGUAAUGUAGAUAAUUUUUAAAUUCAAUUAUAGUGGUGGUGAAUCUUAUGAUGAUUAAAUGGUAGGAAUGGACAGUGUUAAAAUUGGAAAAAGGAUUGAAUUAAGUGAUUUGUUUACGGAUAUUUCUUAAGUAAUAUAUAACGGCAAAUUUUAAAACGGAAAUAAAAAUGGAUUAUGGAAUAUUAAUUAGGUUUAUAAUGGAAAAACCUAAAAGAUGUAAAAAAAAAAUUUUAUAUUAAGUGGUGAUGGAUUAUAUCAUUAUGGCAAAGAAGGAAGUCUGGUUUAAAGAUUAGAAAAUUGGGUUGAAUUGAAUAAUGAUUAUAGGGAGUGUUCAUAUGUAACCUAUGUAGGCCAAUAUCAAAAUGGAAAGAAAACUGGAAUUUGGGAUACUUAUUGGAAAUAUUAUAGUAGAAUGAAUAAGAGAAAAAAUCGAUAUAUGGGAUAUGAUAAAUAUGAGGGGAAAGAGGAUUAAAAAAUUUUUUUAAUAAAAAUAUGUAAUAUAGGCUAGAUUACUAUGAUGAAAAACUUUGAGAGAGGAAUGAACAUUAAUAUUGAAUUUUGA